AUGACAGCAUGUAGGGGAUUCCCUUGAAUCUUAAGCUUGGCUUAAAUUUGUACUUGAAGUAUUCAUCUUCGGUCACCAAAUUUGCAAGCAACCCAAGUAGUAAUCAUUAACUAAUAACAGGCAAUCGACUGAAAGCUUUCGAAUGGUGUAAUCAUCGUCAUCGGGAGAGUGUUCAUGCAUCAUGGUCCGGGCGCUGUGGUUCUACGAAUGGAUCUGGUAUCUACCCAUUCAAUGUUGUACGAUUUCAGCCCCGUCCCGCCUUUGUCGGGGUCACUAAGUAUACCGGCUGUCGAGAGUCGAGACAUGGCCUGAACUUACCUCGGCACUCUGACAUCACCGUCCUUGGAUGGAGGGCCGGAAAAUACACUGGUUCUCAACCUGACCGACUGACUAUAAAUACGGACGUGGUCAGCCGCAAGUCCUACAGUCUGCCUCAUGAGGGACGUUCCAGCACAACGAUCGUCUUCCGUAGAUUCGUCCACACUCCUCAAUGGCGCCAGUAACGAUGUAGCUUCGUUCAAUACUUCUGUAACCAUCAUAGCAAAUGAUGCUGAGAAAGUUCCUGCCACACCUGAAUGGUGGAUGAGUAAAUAUCUGCCCAGCUAUUCGGCUUCGCGGAUGUUCAAGUUCAGUAACCCAAGCUCGUAUAACUGGGCAAAUAACCUGCUUGCCGGUCUAGCAAUCCUUUUUUAUGGUUAUGAUCAAGGGGUCAUGUCCCAAGUGAAUCUUAAUGAAGAUUACCUGAAGUUGAUGGGCAUAUAUCCUACAACGGGCAACUCGCGUAACCUUGCGGCACUCGGGGGAAUAGUUUCUGUUUAUUACGGUGGUUCCCUCAUUGGAGCACUCUUUGGCGGUUUCAUAGCGGACAGGUCGGGACGGAUAACUGCCAUAAUACUAGGUGUCAUUGUCUCGAUCAUCGGAGCAGUCUUUCAAGCCUCCGCAAUGAACAUCACCUGGAUGUGUUGCGCACGAAUUGUGACUGGUCUCGGUGUGGGAGCCAUUGACGCAGUCAUUCCUGUCUGGAGCAGCGAAGUUUCUCCACAUCAAGCGCGCGGAAGUUUUCUUGCCAUCGAGUUCUUCUUGAAUAUUAGUGGAUUGUCAUUGGCGUAUUGGAUAGAGAUAUUUGCGAGCUUGAAUCACAAUCAGGUAAUGGCAUGGCGGACACCUCUAGCGCUGCAAGCUGUUUUUCUGCUUGCUAUCCUCGUGCUCGUACCUUUCUUUCCGGAGUCCCCUCGGUGGCUCGCGAAAGUUGGCCGCGUCUCCGAAGCACGCACAGUUCUGCAGGCCACUCGCAGGGACGGAGUUGAGGCCGAGCUCAGCGCCAUUGUGCGGAGCGUGAUGCACGACCGACAGCACACCGAGAACAAUCGUUAUCUUCGCAUGAUAUUCCCGAGGACAAAGAGCCAGCGCGAGCUACGGUGGAGAGUUGUUUUAAGCGUAUGGCUGCAGAUUAUGCAAGAGCUCGUUGGCAUCGGAGUUAUCACUGUCUAUGCCAUCGAUCUCAUCCAGGGCGCCGGCUUCAGCCAAGAUGAGGCAAAACUCCUGGCCGGAUUCAACAACUUGUCGUACAUGUUUAGUGUGCUCUUCGCCGUGUUCACUCUGGAUAGGUUCGGCCGGCGAAGCACAAUGGUGUGGGGGGCGGCUGGAAUGGCGGUGCUCAUGCUAGCUGGUGGUAUCCUAGACAAAUAUGCGCAAACGGCAGGGCCCAAUCAACGGGCAUAUGGUGCGGGUGUUGUCGCGAUGACCUUCCUGUAUACUGGCACAUUUGGUGCCACCUGGUUGGUAACUCCGUGGCUUUACCCAACCGAGCUCUUUCCUACAUAUGUUCGCGCCAAAGGUGGUGCAUGGUCUGUUGUUGGAUGGUCUAUAGGUAACGGCAUCGUGACUAUGAUUACCCCUUUCUUAUUCCAAGCAAUCGAAUAUGGUGUACUCUUGCUCCUCUUUGGCCUCAACAUCUUUGUAAUCCCCUUUAUCAUUUUCAUGUAUCCGGAAACUUCAGGUCGUCCUCUCGAGCAAAUCGAUGAUUUCUUCAGCAAUGCAACAUCUUGGAAUGUCUUCACCGCGUCCAAACAAAUACAGGAACAGGGUUUCACAAACCACCAAUGGACACGCAAAUACCAUGGCGGGAUUGAACACUCAAAUGCAUUGUCGAUAUCGACACAGGUCAGCGGAAAGGCAGAGGCUGAGAUGCAUGGAUGGACGAAUAAAUUGAGGCGCCGCGCUUCAGAUGCAGGACUCGUGUAACAAAAGU